AUGAAUAAAGAACUUAUUUUCAGAAAUGACAUGCCCGAAAGCCGGCAAGAGGAUCAAGUCUGGGUCUACCUCAAUCGUGAAUCCCCAGAUAAUUCGAAUCACGAUUUGCCCAGUUAUGCCAACCUUUUCAACUGGACAAUGACUUACCGAACCGACUCUGAUGUUCUACAUCCAUAUGCCGUCAUAGUUGACGAAGAUACGACACAGGACAGGAUGGGAAGACGACUAAUCAAUCCAGACUACUCAAAUUGGAUUAACUUGACAAGGAAGAAAACCAAAUUGGCAGCAUGGGCAGUCAGUAACUGUAACACUGACAGCAAGCGUGAAAAUCUUGUAGAGAAACUAAGACAAUUUGUUGAUAUCGAUGUAUUUGGAAGAUGCGGAAACUACACGUGUCCUUUCGGGACAGAUACAUGUUUUAACUUUAUUGAGGAAACUUACAAAUUUUACUUCGCCUUUGAAAAUUCCCUUUGCGAUGAUUAUAUCACGGAAAAAUUUUUUUACAUGCUAAAUCGCACAAUUAUCCCAGUCGUGUUUGGAGCGGGGGAUUACGCCAGCAUUUCUCCGAGACAUUCGCACAUUGACGUGAGGGAUUUUAGCAGCGUGAGAAAACUUGCCGAAUAUUUGAUCUACCUGGACAGCAAUGAGGAGGAAUAUGUGAAGUAUUUCUGGUGGAAGAAAUAUUACCGGGUACGGCAGACUGAUGGAUGGUGCAAACUAUGCUAUAAAUUGAAGGAUAAAGAAAAAUCUGUUAGACAGAUAAUACCAGAUUUGGAAGGAUGGUACAGAUUUAAGAAAGAUGAACAACAUACAACUAUUCCUCGAUGUGUACAUUAUUCAGGAAAUUUUUCAACACUACAAAGUUUCUAGAAUGCAAAUUGAUCAAUAAAUCUUGGCUUAGUGAAUUUGUCGCAUCUUUCUGAACAUGUAUACCUGUUUACGACAAUUUCGGACCAUGUGAUAUUGACCUUACUUUUAAUUUUAACCAAAAAAGUAAAGUGUUUAUCCGCAUGUGUACAAACGCAUUUCAAGAAGUACGUGCAAACAUUUUUUAAAUAGGGACGAUUUUGUACGGCACUGGUCAUUUAGCUUUUUUAAAUGUAAAAUGUAAUAAUAUGUACAUACUCUCCGAAUACAA